AUGGCAGGGGUGAAUGGAGACCAUAAAGGAAAGAAAGAUGAAAAUGGAAUUGGAACAGCCAUUGACUUCGUGCUUUCCAAUGCCAAGCUUGUGCUAGGGGUAGGAGGAGCAGCCAUGCUUGGCAUUGCAACAUUAGCUGUUAAAAAAAUGUAUGACCGCGCAAUAAGUGCUCCAACCAGUCCCACCAAGAUGGAACAAACAGGAAAGAGAAGCUGGGAAGAGCCAGCCUGGAUGGGUUCAUCACCACGGGUACUUAACCAUGGCAUGAAGUCCACAGUUAGCAGGUCACUGCAGUCUCUGCCCUCUGCCUCACGUGCUUUUGAACCAGACUGUCUGCGGAGGACAGUGGGUCGAGUUGCUGUGGGAGGAAGGGGUUCAACUCAAUCAGACAUGCUGCAGGUCCGAAUGCGUCUAUCACUACAGGAUCAUCUGUGGGAGUUCUACCAAAAUAAUGUCAACAUCCCUACUCAGGAGCAGGCCAUGGCAAGGAAGGCAGCACUGGACAUCUGUGCUGAGCUCAGGGUGUUUCUUCAUGCCAAACUACCUGACAUGCCACUCCGAGAGAUGUACCUUAGUGGCAGUCUGUAUGAUGACCUUCAAGUGGUGACAGCAGAUCAUGCCCAGCUGAUGGUUCCUCUUAUCUUGGAGAAGAAUCUUUGGUCUUCCAUCCCUGGGGAGGACACCAUUAUGAAUGUUCCAGGUUUCUGGCUUGUCCGCAGGGAGAACUUGGAAUAUUUCCCACGGAAUAGCAGCUACUGGGACCGCUGCAUGGUCGGAGGUUACCUGUCCCCUAAAUCAGUCCUUGAGGUCUUCGAUAAGCUUGUGGCUGGCUCUAUCAACUGGCCAGCUAUAGGGAGUGUCCUUGACUACAUCAUUCGUCCUGUGGUUCCUUCAGAAACACUGACCUUAGAGAUCCAGUAUGAGAUGGACCGGAAACUGUAUGUGGACUUCUUGCCUUUGCUUGUGAUGGAGGAUGGGACUUCACUGAUUGCCAAACCACAUCGACUUGUUGCAGAGCGCCAUGAAAACCUGUGGCGGCAGAGCUUCCGUGUGGCUGAUACGGCACGACUCAGGGCAUUGGAUCAGGAGGAUGGAGGCUGCCGAUGUACCUGCCUAAAGGUGGCAAAGGCUGUGAGCAAGCUCAACCCUGCCCUUAACCAGCUCAAUGCCAGUCAGCUUACCAAUGCUAUCUUGUUGCUGAGUGAAAAAGAAGGUGACUGGACGCAGGAAGCACUGGCUGACCGGUUCCUUCAGCUGCUACGAGCACUAGUUGGACACUUAGAAGCUGGGAGGCUGCCAUGUGCCCUUAACCCUAAAGUUAACUUAUUUUGUGAGCUGACAGAACAGGAAGUGGAUGAGCUGGGGUAUACCCUUUACUGUGCACUCUCAGAUCCUGAAAGCCUGCUGAGAACUGCAGUGGCACAGCCACCCCAUCCCUGACACACAACAUGGUAUUGAAAUGUCAGCCAUUGUUUUAGUAGACAAUGCUAAUCCUAAACGGCAAUAAAGUUCCUGGAAAAAGUAUCAGCAUGAAAUAAUCAUCUCUCAUGCACGUAUAUUGUCUUGAUACGUCAUUCCUCUGUAUGAACAUCUCUGACAAAAUGUGAUGCACACAGUAGCAGUUAGAUCUGUUUGACUCUGAACAUGAAAGCUGUAUGUAUUGUGAUUAUCCAAAUAUUAUUUUAAUAUCAAAUGAAAGUGAAGGCCCAAGUUAGUUGCUGUUCCUAAAGCCAUUGUAACAAUGAAGCCAAGAGUAGGAAUGCCGUUGUGGUCCAGUGAUAUAUGAUGGAUAGACUGGAUUCUGUGUUGUUGUUCCAUGUGUAAAGGGAAGGAUGAGGCAAUGAAAUCUGCCAUAUUUCAUUUAUUAACCAUUAGGAGAGUUUUAGGAAUGCAGACAUGUCUGAUACAGUUCAGAAUAGCCAUGAUUGUGGUGCUGACUCUGUUUCGAGAGGAGUCCAUUUCACGAUAUCAAGGAAUAGAAUGUAAUGUGUACUACAACCCAAAAGUUAAUAAAUUGUUAGUGUCUGAAGAACUCAACAUUCUUGAGUUACUAAACAAGUUGUUUCAUGCCUCUUUUGCUUUAAAAGUGCUUGAGUUUUAAUAAACUUCAUUAGUAUAUUGACUGAAGUCACAAUGUAUGCUUUACAUGGGGUAUGUGAAAACAAACAUUCAGUGUGUGUUUGGUGUGUCUGUAGCUUGCAUGUGUUAGUUGUCAGGUCUAUUAAUGAAACAGAUUAAUAUGCAGAGUUAUAUGUAGAUGUCUAUUUUUAAUCCCAUAUCACUGACAUUCAUCUAAAAGUGAAACAUGCAUCCAUAAAUAGAAUAUACUAUGAUAUACGGAAACUUGAAAUGGCUGAUAUGUUGCAGGCUGAUGAAGUACCAGCAGAAAAGCACCAUCAUUUUGGUAUGAUGAGAAAAUGCAUCCAUGUGAUUGUUUGAUGCAGAGUUGUUUGGUUUGCUGUUAUGAAAAGGAAGGUUCUUUUCCAGACUCACAUUUGUUGCUUUAAUGCACAGAUCUGUCAUGCUUUUUUAAAUAAUCAUAAUUUGCCAAAUAUCAUAGGUUAUUUGGCACUAUAAAAUGUGAAAUACUCUCUAGAUAUCGAACAGUCAGCCACGAUUUUUCAGCAGGACAUUUUAAAGUACUGUUGCCUCCUGCCCUUGUUUUACUUUCCGAUUUGAAUAAUCUUUGACUUAAAGCAUUACUUGGUGAAAAAUGAAUCCAAUAUAGGUUGGAUAUUAUUGGCCGAGCCUUCGCCUGAGUCUGCUGGGAUAGGCUCCAGCUCCCCCAUGACCCUAGUGAGGAUAAAGCGGUGUAUACAGAAUGGAUGGAUUAUUGGCUGAAUUAGAUUUUUGUAGCAAGGGAGUUCUUUUGGCUGGACACUUUUUCAGCUACUGUGACACUGCAGUUUGUAAAAUCCAUCAUAAUCAACAAUGCACUGCUUUGCUAACCUGUAAAAGGUUAUUUUAGUGUAUUAAUCUCAGUAUUAAGGAUGGAAGAUUGAGGAUGGAGGCAGUUGUCUCCAGCACAAUAUUUGUAUGUACAUUAAACCCUGAUUAACUUAAAGUGCUGGUCUGGUCUGGUCUUUGUUAAAUAAAGUAGACAUGGAUUACUGCAAUACAAGCCCAUGUCACACAUGUCAAAAGGACAAUUACUGUUUGUCAAUACUAGCACUGUGCUCCAUUAAUAUAACAUGUCACAAAUUUGUUUUGACUGUGUGGCCCCUAGUGAGCUGCACCCCUAGCAAGCUGUAUAUUUAUUUAUGAAGCUGUACAAUCCAAUCAAUCAUCCUUACUCACAGUAAGUGCAUUACACGUGACUAACUACCGUUACAGCCAGACACAAAGUGCCAUUUAUCUUGUCAGUCUCUGAAUUGGCAUUCAAAAUAUGUUAUCCAAAGUUAUCACAUAGCUCCUUUUGUUAUGACUUUUAGCCAUAAUGAAAAAAGGAUGAAAAAUGGCUUUGUAACAGGCCAACUGUACCCGUAAUCCACAAUCCACUAUUUGUAUGGGAUACAUAAUCGAGUGAUUUGAGUUGUUUAGAGUUCUGUUCACUUGGUCAUCAUCCAGACAGUAAUGGAAAAAAUAGGUGAUUAUUUUUAUAUUUAUUGUAGAUUUGUAGCCAAAAUGAGCUGAACAUUUAUUGCACUGAUGCAGUUUAAUACGUAAAGCACCACUUGUGCUUCAUUAAGUGUUUGUUCUGAAUGUACCGAUAAAGUGACUCUACAGUAGAAUUUCUGUGUAUAUUAAGUCUUCCUUUGUAGACCUAGCUUAUGCUACAAAUUACUACUGUGCGAAAGUCUGGGGAGUCACUGUUCCACAUAUAUUACUGUAAACCAACACCCAAAGUAGAUGAGUACCUCUACCUUGUGGACUAGCUGUAUGCUGUGCUGCAUGCUAUUUGUUUUUUCAGCUGUUUUUGUUUGUUUUGUCGUAUACUUCAGCUCUGGGGUUGAAUAGUGUACCACUUUGUAUACUUCAUUAAAUGUUUAAGUGAC